GUUGUUGAAGUCGCAUAGCAUACGGUUCAUCGCCACCGCUGUGCAACCCUCGUGACAGAACCCGUGAUUUUGAUUAAUUGUGUCUACGUUGAUCUAUGAAAUGACAAUACAAACAGUUGAUUUAUUCUAUGGUAAAUGAAAGGUUACUGUGUAUUUUGCAUAUUACGUGUUCGACAAACUCUUCUUCUACCCUACAAAUUCGACAUGGAUAAUCCAGCGCCGUCAACAUUGUUGAUUGACCAGGACGUCAAGGAUGGAAAAAAUGAUGAUCAAUCAACAGCAAAGCCACAGGAAAUUAGUAAAUUUCGUCGCUACUUACCUCAAGUGGUGGCGACGAUGGCAAGGAAUUUGAUCACAGUAAACACUGGCUUAUUUGAAGGCUUGCCAACACUCAUCAUUCCAUCUGUGCUCGGAUUGAGCACGAGACUCAAUUCCGAUGAAAUGCUUCAAAUAGAUCCGUCUCAGGCAUCAUGGAUAGGCAAUUAAAUUGAAAUAAAAUUUGAGCUCAUUUCCACAAAAUUAAUAAAUAAUUUUCCCAACAAACAAACAAAACAGCAAGUUUUGCGAGUCUGGCACAUCCACUCGGAUCCAUUGCCGGAUGGUUGUUGAACGAUUCAAUUGGACGAAGGAAAUCAUUACAGAUAGCAAGCAUUCCGUUUAUUAUCGCUUGGAUUAUACUCGGUUGGUUUGCCAAUUCAAUUUCAGCCAUUAAUGUAGCAUUUUUAAUAAUGGGCCUGGGAUUUGGGCUUAAAGAAGCAUCAUCGUUAACAUAUACGGGUGAAGUGUGCGAAACAUCAAUUCGAGGAGUUAUGUUGGCCACAGCUGGCAUUUUUGCUUCAAUGGGUUACUUCCUAGUUUAUUCGAUGGGAGCCUUUUUAUCGUGGCGAAACGUUGCAAAGAUCUGUAUCAGUGUGCCCAUUUGUAUAUUCACCGCCGUAUCUUUCAUACCGGAAACACCAAUUUGGCUAUUGUCAAAGAAUCGCCAGAAAGAAGCCCAAAAGUCAUUGCAGUGGCUACGCGGCUGUGUGACCUCAGAAAUGGUGCAUGAAGAGUAUCAACAACUUCAAGAGUAUUGCAUUGUGUCGAAUUCUUGUGUGAAUUGUGCAAAACAAACAAUCAAAUGUGAACACACGGAGAGUCUUAAUGACAAACUCAAGCAAAUUACUCGCCGCCGAAUAAUAAAACCAUUCAUUUUGAUAACGUCACUUCAGUUUUUCCUACAAUUUUGUGCGAUUAAUUCGUGGCGACCGUACAUGAUUCAAAUACUAAAAGCCUAUACCGUGCGAUGGGAUGGGAAUAUGGUGACGGUGGUUUUGAGUUCGCUUGGAUUUGUAGGAAGACUCAUCUUAUUGCCAAUUUUAAAAACGAUGGGAAAGCGAAGAAUUUACCUUGCUUCAUCUUUGGUGACAUUCUUAUGCUGUUUUGGACUAAGUGCGAUUGGUUUUACAUUCUUUCCUUCAACGGAUUGGUCAUCAUUUGAAAUGGCUUCGCCGUCGAGUGCGUCGAACAGUACGAUUACGUCCUCAAGUAUGAAUGCAACUGCUCUUCGAGAAUCAGUGGGAAAUUAUAGCUAUUUGGCGUUGGCAUUGAUUUUGAUUAUGCAAUUUGCCGUGAAUAGUGGCAUUUCAAUGGUUCCAUUUAUUCUUAUCAGCGAAGUGUUUCCAUUCAAGCUACGUUCCAUGCUGUGCAGCAUCACAACAACCGAUCGAUACAUUUUUGUAGCAAUUUCUAGCAAAAUCUAUUACAAUAUUGAGACAUGGUUUUCUUUACCUGGCGCCGCCGCAUUUUAUGGCUUCAUCAGUCUUACCGGCUUCAUUGUGAUGUACCUGAUUUUACCUGAAACAGAAGGCCGAUCAUUGCAAGAUAUUGAAAUUCAUUUUUCAGACAAUUCUCGACGAAUCACCGAUAUUCAAAUCAGAAGAAAUCAACCGGAUUGCGAAAUUACAAAAUGAAUGAAUGCUGAAUUAAAAACACGACAAUAAAUGGCCUAUGAAGCAUAUUUCAUCAAUUUUUCGAUCGACCAUCGCAGAAGUUUAUACAAAUUAUUUAUUAUGUACACUAUCUUCGAAAUUGGAUUGAUUUUGGUUGCGAUUUUUUGUUUUAUUAUUAGUUUGGCCAGUUUUGAUGAUGAAACAUACAAUGCUUGAUCACCUUUCACUUUUCCAUUCGUAUGCAUCGUUUUCACAAACGACCAACGCGCGUAGACACGCACACAUUAAAGUAUAAGUCGUAGUUUUGAGUAUUCAUACGGCUCAAUGGUCUAGUGGUAUGAUUCUCGCUUUGGGUGCGAGAGGUCCAGGGUUCAAUUCCCUGUUGAGCCCUCUGUUGCAUACAAUUUUUUUUUUCUCACUACAGUUGUUUUUUUAUCUUCCAUUCUCUUCUCUUCUCAAAUAGUUUAUGUCAUAUGUAUGAAAAAAUAUAUUUUUUUUUAAAUGAUAGAAUUCUAUUUACAAGAAAAUGCGUAAAAAUAAGCGUUUGUUCUCCAAGACCUUAUAUUGUCAGAAAUGCUAAAUUAAUUUAAUAGGUGUCGUUUGUAAACUAUAUUUUCAUAUUGUGUAUAAAUCGCGGCUCUUUAUUGACUGAAAAGGAGUCAUGUUCAGUGAAAUAAAAUUAAAAGUCUUUGGUUUUAACUCAAA